AUGUCGCCUUUCUGGACGAUUGGCACGCUGCUGGGGGCGAGCAGUGUGGCGCUGGGUGCGUUUGGGGCGCAUGGGUUGAAGAGCAGGAUUAGGGAUCCGGGUGCGUUGGCGAAUUGGGGGACUGCGGCGAAUUAUCAGCUCGUCCACUCCGUCGUCCUAACCAUGACAUCCGUUGUCGCGCCGCAAAACAAAAUCGCCAUGGCCCUCUUCACCGCCGGCAUGACCAUGUUCUCUGGAAGCAUAUACCUGCUUGUGCUGGAUGCGAAGAAGUACAAGCAACUGGGGCCUGUCACGCCAAUUGGUGGCGCUUGCCUUAUUGCUGGUUGGCUGGCGCUGGCCGCGAGGGGAAAGAUGGUCAGACUACCCAGGAGCGCGUGA